GAUGACGGAAUCACUGGCGACUCUCAAGGAAAUAUUGAUGUUGCUUUUAAGAAGAUUAACAAAAAUUUUGCCGACUUUCUUAUUUGGAGGGUAGAAAACAUGAACGUUCUUGCCCUUACAAAAGAUCAAUAUGGUACGUUUUACGAUACCGAGUCCUACAUUAUUUAUGCAGCAUCGCAAUAUGGACAGUCAUCUGGAAUUGACUCUGUAACUAGAGACAUUAAAGGCAAAGAAAUCGAGUACCAUAUACACUUCUGGCUUGGGCAAAAUACUACCCCUGAAAAAUCCGGAGUAGCAGCUUAUAAAACUGUCGAAUUAGAUAGCAUGUUGAAUUGCUCCACAACUCAACACCGAGAAACUCAAGAAAAUGAAAGCGACAGAUUUUUAAGCUACUUUAAAACUGGUUAUAGAAUUUUGAAGCCCGCAAUCAUCCAAAAUGGGAACAAGCAACUGCCAAAAUUGUACAGAGUGAAAGGGAAGUGUACUCCUGCCCUUAUUGAAAUGAACAGUGUGUCUUGGGAAAACUUUAGAAGUUCGGAUGUUUUCAUCAUAAAAGCUCCGCAAACAGUUUUCGUCUGGGUUGGUAGAGCAGCUAAUGUGGAAGAGAAACGUCAUGCCACUAUAAUAUCUCAAGAAAUGAAAGACCAAUACAAGAUUUCAAACGUGGUUUUUGUCGAUGAUGGUUACGAGAAAACAAUCGAUUCGGACAUUCAGAAACAAUUCAGCAAGUAUUUGCCAUUAGAAAAACGAGUUGUUCUGCCAGAUAAUGGGAAUGAAAAUGGAGAAGCUGGAAACCCAAAGUACAAUUUGCGAUUGUACAAAUGUUCCGAAAACAAUGGAAAAUAUAGAGUGGCUGAAGUUAGAAGCGGACCUUUAAAUUGUACGGAUUUAAAUUCAGAUGAUGUAUACAUUGUCGAUCAAGAAAUAAAUGGUAUAUGGGUGUGGGUGGGAAAACGUGUUAACGAAAAAGAAAAAAAUGAAGCUCUUAGAAACGCUCGAGGUUUUGUGAAGAAGAAAAAAUAUCCGGGAAACACCAAAGUGACGAGAGUGGUAGAUGGUUUGGAACCCAUCGAAUUCAAAGUCUUAUUUAAGCUAUGGAAAACCGAGCUACCGAAAGGCAAAGUUGCCAAAACGCCCCUGUUGAUAUCAAAGUUUGACCCGAUUAUUAUGGAAGAUCGACCCAGUCUGGCUGCAGAAACUCAACUUAUUGACGAUGGAUCGGGAGGAAUGACCUUAUGGCGAAUAAAAAAUACGAGAAUAGUUGAAGUGCCCAAGGAAAGACAUGGAUGUUUUUUCUCAGGCGAUUGUUACAUUACUUUAUACAGUUAUCACACCUCCAAUGAAGAGAAGCAUUUAUUAUACUGUUGGAUUGGAUCAUACGCCUCCCAAGAGGAAAUUAAUAUUACAACAUCAAAACUGACAGAAAUCGAUGAUGAACUCGGUCAGUUGGGUUUUCAAUGCAGAAUAAUUCAAGGACGAGAAACUGCCCACUUUUUACAACUAUUCAAAGGAAAAUUGACCAUAUUUAAAGGAAAAGGCGUAGAUUUUGACGAUUCUGGAAUGAACUUGAAAAAUCCCAAUCAGUACCUUUUACAAGUAUUUGGAUCUACAACAUACAGUGCAAAGGCAGAGCAAGUUGAUUCUGCAGUAUCUUCCUUGAAUUCAAAUUCCUGCUUCGUAUUCAGACGAGGAAAGAAAUAUUACGUUUGGUGUGGAAACUACUCAACCGGUGAUCAAAGGGAAAUGGCCAAAGGUUUUGCUGGAAAAGACUUUGAACUGUUGCUUGAAGGCAAAGAAAAGAGCGAUUUCUUUACAUUUUUGGGGGGUCCUGGAAGUUACCAAUCACAAAUGGUGCGUAACGAUUUCGACAUCAGACCACCUCGAUUAUUUUUUUGCAAUUCAUCUAAGAAGUUUAGUGUGACGGAAAUUUUAUUUUUCCAACAAAAAGACUUAUUGCCGGAGAAUGUGAUGUUAUUAGAUACCAGCUAUGCCCUUUACAUAUGGAUAGGCAAACUAAGUACUAGAGAAGACCAAAGACUAAGCAUACAAACAGCCUUGCAAUAUUUACAAAAUGAUCCUUCCGACCGGGACAUGAAUAUGACAAUUAUUCAUAUCAAGCAAGGGAAAGAAACGCCCACAUUUAUCGGAUUUUUUCCCGCCUGGGAUAGGAAGCUGUGGAAGUACUACAGAACGUUUUCCAAGAUUCGGCAAGAAAUCGAAUUAAAAAAUACGGACCAAAAGCCACAGAACGGGCACCAAAGCCGCAACAAUACAUCCGACAAUGGUGAUUUUGAUCACUAUGAAAAGUAUCCAAUCAAUAUUUUAAAGGAACCAAAUGAUCGAUUACCGGCUAGUAUUGACUCCCUUAACAAAGAGUUGCAUCUAACACAUGACGACUUUGUUUCGCUUUUUAACAUGACAUACGUUGAAUUCGAAAAAUUACCAAGAUGGAAAAAACAGGAAAUGAAGAAAAAAGUGGGUUUGUUCUAAAAAUAUUCUGACAAAUCUCUUUUUAAUGUAUGUUUAAAUAAAUGUUGUAUUAUUUCGUGUAGCAAGAAAAUAGCAACAUACUGUUGCUA